AUGGACUGUUUCCAAACUUCACCGAGUCAUUCCUGGAUUUAUCCCACUGUGAUCCUCUGCCUAUUUGGAUUUUUCUCCCAGAUGAGACCUUCAGAACCAUUCCUCAUCCCAUAUUUAUCUGGACCAGAUAAAAACCUGACGAGUGAAGAGAUCACAAAUGAGAUUCUUCCCAUUUGGACUUAUUCUUACCUGGUGCUGCUGUUACCUGUGUUUGUUCUCACCGAUUUUGUCCGCUACAAGCCCGUCAUCGUCCUACAAGGGAUCAGCUUCAUCGUUACCUGGUUGCUACUCUUGUUUGGCCAAGGAGUGAUGGCUAUGCAGGCUGUUGAGUUCUUCUAUGGGAUAGUGACCGCCACUGAAGUGGCCUACUAUGCCUACAUAUACAGUGUGGUCAGCCCAGAGCAUUAUCAGAAAGUGAGUGGCUACUGUAGGAGCAUCACACUGGUGGCCUACACAGCCGCCUCAGUGCUGGCCCAACUCUUGGUAUCAGUGGCAAACAUCUCCUACUUUCACCUCAAUGUCAUAUCCAUGGUGUGUGUCUCCAUGGCCUUUCUUUUCUCCCUUAUUCUACCAAUGCCCCAAAAAAGCAUGUUCUUUCAUGCCACACCCAGCAAAGAAGUGCAGAAGUCACUCAACACAAACGCAGCGGUUGAUGUCCCAGGCUGUGACGAGGAGAAACCUACUCCAGAAAUAGCCACCGUUUCCAGGAAUCUGGAAGGUAGCCAGUUGAAUAGCUCAAAGCCAGACAAUGUGGCUUUGAGAGUCUUUGUGCAGUGGUUCCAAGAUUUGAAGGAGUGCUACUCCUCAAAGCGUCUUUUUUACUGGUCCUUGUGGUGGGCUCUUUCCACAGCAGGUUUUAACCAGGUUUUGAACUACGUUCAAAUCCUGUGGGAUUACAAGGCACCAUCCCAAAAUUCUUCCAUCUAUAAUGGGGCAGUAGAAGCUAUUGCAACUUUUGGAGGGGCCGUGGCUGCCUUUGCCGUUGGUUACAUGAAAGUCAACUGGAACCUUCUGGGGGAGCUGGUGCUGGGGAUUUUCUCGGUAGUCAAUGCAGGUGCCUUACUCCUCAUGCAUUACACGACCAACAUCUGGGUGUGCUACACUGGCUAUCUGCUCUUCAAGUCAGGCUAUAUGCUGCUUAUCACCAUCGCCGUAUUUCAGAUCGCAGUUAAUCUGAGUGUUGAACGCUACGCCCUGGUGUUUGGAAUCAACACCUUCAUUGCCUUGGUGAUCCAGACCAUUGUCACUGUGAUCGUAGUAGACCCAAGAGGGCUCAAUCUGCCAAUCAGCGUUCAGUUUUUAGUGUAUGGCAGUUAUUUUGCAGCAAUUGCUGGAAUUUUCCUGAUGAGAAGCGUAUUUAUCAUCUACUCAGCCAAAUGCGGAAAGCAAGUGCAGAACUCUGCCAUGAGCCAGAACCCAGAUGGACCACACGCAGAGGAACCAAGUCAUGUGACAAUAGGGACAAAGCUCUAG